GUAGUUUUUUAUACCCAACAUACUUGUUAAGAAAGAAAUGGUCAACGCCCUCUGAUCCUUCCUGGCUUUCCCUGCCUUCACAAGGUACCUCGAGUACGAAAAGGACAAUCAGUAGGCUUAGGUAAUGGUCUUUAAAACGUUUGGGUUCCCUGUGGCAGGCUACCAGAGUAGACCUGGAAAAUCUAGCACAGAAUCGAGGCUGAUCGAGGCUAUCGCAUCAAACAAGAUGGCGGCGAAGAGAAUUGAUUGCGGAAGUAGCUCUUUUUUAUCUUUAAAUUCAACCGAUAAAGAACCAUCAAACACUGCUUCACUUCCCAUGAACACAUUUGCUAAUGAUGGAAGUUUCUUUGAACAGUACAAAAAACGAAUGGAAGAAAUGGAGAAAGCAAAGACUUUGGCACAAACUUCGAGUAAGGAAGAAAAAGAUGGCGACGAACGAACUUCGGAUGAUAACAAACUGGAGGACAAGAAGAGUGAGGAUAAACCAAAAACUCCUGUCCUUAAAGCAAAUUUAUUAAAUCAGGGGAAAAGACAGCUCCUGACAGGACGCAUGGGUGGGGCAUCCAAACAAUUCCAUGCUAAAAAGAAAAAGCUAGAAAAACAAGCUGCAGAGAAAAAGAAUGAUAAAAGCAAGGAUGAUGGCAAAAACACAGCAUGGAAAGCCUACAUGGAAGAAGUAAAGAAAUACAGAGAAGCUUCUUGUACAGAGGAGGUCGACAGAGUACGACCACUUGUUAAAUAACUUCAUAUUCUUCUAUAUUGUACUAUUGAUCUGUAAUUUUGUAYACAAGCAAAUAAAUCACAGCYAUUUGAUGUCACACRUGACCAAGGUGAAA